AUGGAUCCAAUUGAGCCGAAGCUUAUGAAAAUAGAUAAUGAAGAUUUUCGAGCUCUUUUCACCCCGCAACUCUUGAAGCUCCGAGAUUUAUUCGCCAAACGAAACUACGAACUUCGAAUCGCGGGCGGUGCAGUCCGCGAUCUUCUAAUGAAUAUUCGACCAGCUGAUGUUGAUUUUGCAAGUACUGCAACGCCAACGCAAAUGAAGGAGAUGUUCGAACAGGAGAACAUUCGAAUGCUUCAUAAGCGAGGAGAGGAACAUGGAACGAUUACUUGCCGAAUUGAUGAAAAGGAGAAUUUCGAGAUCACAACACUUAGAAUUGACGUCGUCUGUGACGGAAGACGUGCGAAAGUGGAGUAUACCACUGACUGGCAACUCGACGCAAAUCGUCGAGACCUCACUAUCAAUUCCUUGUUCCUCGACCUCCAUGGAAACGUUGUUGACUAUUUCGGCGGUAUCGGAGACAUCGAAACUCGUCGCGUGGCUUUUGUUGGAGACGCCCGUCAACGCAUCCAAGAAGAUUAUCUUCGAAUUCUGAGAUAUUUCCGAUUUUUCGGACGUAUUUCCAACUCACCAGACCAUGAGGCAGACACUAUUCAGGCUAUCAUUGAUAACAAAGAUGGAAUGAGUGGAAUUAGCGCUGAAAGAAUCUGGACUGAAUUGAAGAAGAUCGUGAUUGGAAGAAUGGCAGAUGAUGUUGUGAAAGCGAUGAUUGAACAAUGCGAGUUGCAAAAGUACUUGGGCUUGCCUGAAGAAUGCAAUAUUACAAGAUUCCGUCAGAUCUUCAAGCGUUUCCCAAAAUCCGUAGAGCCUAUGACAAUGGUUGCUAGUCUCUGUGAAGGUGUAAAGCAGAUUGCACAGUUUCAUAAAAUAACAAAACUAUCAAACGACGAACGUUUUCUAGGAGAAUUCAUCUUAAGAGAGCGAGAGGCCGCAUUGGAAAACAUGAAUAACGAUGACUGGUGGAUCGAUCGAAUGGUCGAUUUGGAAGUGCGACCUGGUCACGAGAACCUUCCAGAUCGUCUCCGCCUUCGACUUGUUCAACUUGCAAGAAGUGUUUUAGCUGAUGACGAACGAAUCGAGAUGCUCCAGAAAUUCACACCUCCACAGUUCCCGAUCACAGGGCGAGACUUGAUGGAAGCGGGCGUUCGAAAAGGCCCAGGAGUGAAGAAUGUUCUCAUCUACCUCUACGAAUUGUGGAAGACAUCCAGGUUCACAUCAACCAAAGAAGAGCUUCUGGAGCGGGCCAGAGACUCGGAUAUACCAGAUUUAUCCAAGAAGCCGAAAUCUCCGAUGCAUUAA